AUGGUGGUUUUAGUGGUCUUGCUGCUGAAACUGAUUUCUUACAAUGCAUGUCAGGCUCGCAUAGUAAAAUGCAGGCUCCAAAGUCCACACCGUCCACUUCAAAUGUAUCAUCAGCCAGGAGAGUUCCUCAUUGGUGGCAUUGUUUUCCAUGGUGGCUUCAUCUCCUCUCCAGCAACAUUCACUGAGGAACCCCCACCAGCGCUGCCUGAAGAGCUUGUGGUGGUGCCUAAGCUUUACCAGCACAUCUUGGCCUUGGCAUUUGCAGUCAAGGAGAUCAAUGAAGACCCUCACAUCCUACCCAAUAUUACCUUGGGCUUUAACUUAUAUGACAGCUAUAACAAUGCAAGGAGCACGUAUCUCGCCACACUGCUGCUUUUAUCCAUGGUGGAGAAAUUUGUCCCAAACUAUAUAUGUGAUGUUGAAAAUAAUCUGGUUGCUGUCAUUGGGGGACUUGAUUCUGAAAUUUCCUUUUAUGUGGCAACAGUUUUGGAUAUCUAUAAGAUUCCACAGCUCAUUUAUGGCUCUGCUCCAGUGAUGAAUGAUAAAAGCCCAGGGCUUCCCUUCUACCAGAUGGCAGCCUCAGAAGCCCUUCAGUAUGAGGGAAUUCUCUCUUUGCUUCUGCAUUUCAGGUGGACGUGGAUUGGAGUCAUUGCAAUGGACAAUGAAAAUGGAGAAAGAUUUGUGCAAACCAUUUCCCAAAUGUUUACCAAGAGUGGUGUCUGCUUUGCAUUCAUAGAAAUAAUCCCCAAUUUUAGUUUUAUAUCUGAAAUGUAUGGCUUGCUACAACAAGCGGCCAAUAUACAAGAUCAAAUUUUUAGCAGCAAAGCUAACGUAGUGGUUGCCUCUGGAGAAUCUUUUUCCAUGGCAACUUUUAGAUGGCUUUCAUACCUAUCAGAACAUGAUGACAUGGCCAAGAAUGUAAAAAGUAAAGUAUGGAUAACAACUGCCCAGGUUGAGUUCGCUUCAUUUGUCUUUCAAAGGAGCUGGGAUUCAAGAGUAUUCAAUGGUGCUAUAGCCUUUGAAAUUCACUUUAGAAACCCACCAGGAUUUUAUCAGUAUGUUCUGCACAGAAACCCUUCCAGCACAGAUGGGGACGGUUUUAUCAGGAACUUCUGGCAACAGGCCUUUGAAUGUGUAUUCCCAGAUAUCACUUCAGACAAGGUGGAGGGGAAUAUUUGCACUGGAGAAGAGAAGCUGGAGAACCUUCCUGGGUCUCUUUUUGAAAUGAGCAUGACAGGCCACAGUUACAGCAUCCAUAGUGCUGUCUACGCCAUGGCCCAUGCCUUACAUGCCAUGUCCACAUCCAGACUCAGGCACAGAGGAAUUGCAUAUGGAGGGAGAGGGAAGAAUCCGAAUCAAGAGUUUUGGCAGAUUCAGCCUCUUUCUGUCUGUACUGAGAGAUGUCUUCCAGGAUUCAGCAAGAAAGUGAAGGAGGGACAGCCCCCUUGCUGCUAUGAUUGCAUCCCAUGUGCUGAGGGGAAGAUUGCAAACCAGGAUGAUAUGAAUGACUGUAAUAAAUGCCCAGACAAAGAAUAUCCAAGCAAGAACCGCGAUGGAUGUCUAUCCAAGGAUAUCAGCUUCUUGUCUUAUGAAGAACCUUUGGGCAUCAGUUUAGCCUGUUUCUCUCUUUCCCUUUCCUUGAUCACAGCUCUGGUACUAGGUACAUUUAUAAAACACCAUGACACACCCAUUGUCAUUGCAAACAACCGAAACCUCACCUAUGCUCUCCUCAUCUCUCUCCUGCUCUGCUUCCUUUGUGCAUUGCUCUUCAUUGGCCGACCUGAGAAGGUGACGUGCCUCCUCCGACAAACAGCUUUUGGCAUCAUCUUCUCAACUGCUGUUUCAUGCGUCCUGGCAAAAACCUGCAUGGUGGUUUUGGCCUUCAUGGCUACAAAACCAGAAUCCAGGAUGAGGAAAUGGGUGGGGAAAGGACUUGGCCACUCCAUUCUUCUUUCCUGCUCCAUAGUCCAAGCAGGCAUAUGUACUGUGUGGCUGGCAACCUCUCCCCCCUACCCAGAUGUGGACAUGCACUCUGUGAUAGAAGAAAUUAUACUAGAAUGUAAUGAGGGGAGUGUGGCCAUGUUUUACUGUGUCCUCAUCUACAUGAGCUGCCUGGCAACUGUUAGUUUUGCUGUGGCUUUCCUUGCCAGGAAGUUACCAGACAGUUUCAACGAAGCCAAGUUUAUCACUUUUAGCAUGUUGGUCUUCUGCAGUGUUUGGCUGUCUUUUAUUCCUUCCUACCUGAGCACCAAGGGCAAAUAUAUGGUGGCUGUGGAGAUCUUCUCCAUCUUAGCCUCCGGUGGUGGGCUGCUGGGCUGCAUCUUUUCCCCCAAAUGUUACAUAAUCAUUCUGAGGCCUGAGCUGAACAAUAGAGAACAGCUAAUAAGGAAGAGAAAGUAAACAAACAAUAACCUGUACUUUGCUGUAUCUUGUGCUUUUUUCUUUGUGUCCAGUUG